UUAUGCUCUUUCUCUGCAGUAAAGUUUUCUCCUGCCUGUAUCAGAGAUGAGUGCCAAGUCUAUUAUCAACAAGGAGCUCUUCACACCUCAUGAUGAGAGGAUGCUCGUUGCUGUACAGGUGAAGCGGAGGACAAAGAAGAAGAUACCUUUUCUGGCGACAGGUGGUCAAGGAGAUUACAUGACUUUUAUCUGCCUCUCAGUGACAAAUAAGAAACCCUCCCAUGUAUCCAUCACAAAAGUGAAGCAGUUCCAAGGAUCUUCUUCAUUUGUCAAAAGGUCACAGUGGACAAUCGACCAGCUAAGACAGGUCAACGGCAUCGACGCCAACAAAGACUGUCCAGAGUUUGACCUUGUGUUUGACAAUGGUUUGGAUCAGUGGGUUGCAAGUUCAGCAGGAGAGAAGUGCACCUUUAUCCAGAUUCUUCACCACACCUGCCAACGCUACUGCUCRUCUCGGAAACCUGAGUUUGUCAACUGUCAGUCAAAGCUGCUCGGGGGUAACAGUAUACUACACUCUGCAGCAGACAGUGUGACAAGUGCUGUACAGAAGGCCAGCCAGGCACUGAAUGAGCGCGGUGAGAGAUUAGGUCGGGCCGAGGAGAGGACUGCAGACAUGAUGAACAGUGCUGAACAGUUUGCAGUUACUGCACACAAGCUUGCCAUGAAGCACAAAUGUUAAACCACUGCCAAAACCAGCUGGGCUGGGGGUGUCAGCAUUCACCAGUCACCGCACAGGAGAAGGAUUUCAGAUGUUGUUCUUUAAAAAAAUAUUUAUUAAUAUUUGUUAACAAUGAUAACAUUUUUAUGUUUUGGGUUUUUGUACUGCGGUGCAUCUCAUUCUUGAUGACAACAACACAUUACGCAGAGGCAAGAGGAAGAGAAACUUUCUGCAGAAUGUUUAAUUCUCCCAUUUACCUUAAGCUUCAUGUCAGCAACAAAACUGUAGUUUAUAGUAAAACSCUCCAAAAUGUGUUUUGCUUUUGUCAUUUGCUCUAACUCUAAUGAUUGUUGUGCACAAGUUGACUUGAAAUGAUCUGCAAACAGUCCCAGUUCUGAAUUUUUUUUUAUUGUUUAGGGUAAUUUAUGAAGAYUUUUAAUGUUAUUUUGUCUGAUUUAUUAAGAUUUUCUAAUGGUUAAACAUUCCCAACAAAAUAUUUUGUCAACAAAUUGGUGGUCAGAUAUUUGCUGUUAGGAAUAAUCACAUUUCAAAGAGCUAAGUAUUGCAAAUCUGUAAAAAAAACUGUCUAGCUAUUUCUAAGGAGACCAGGAUCUCAGCAAAAUAUAAAUUUAUUUCUUGAGAAAAAGGCAACUAUCUCUGACUAACAGUCAAUGUGAUGUUUUUGUCUGUUUUGUCUUUUAGACAUUGAGCUCAUUCAGUGUCUUCUGUCUACAAACUGAAAACGUAUCUUACCAGAAUUAACAUUUCAAUAUUUCAUUUCWCAAACUACAAAAUGUUUUUGUCUGUUUUGUGUCUUCAACAUUAAGCUAAUCCUGUCUYUCGUUCUGUCCACAAUUUCUAAAUAUAUCAAAACUGCUUUAAUUAAUAUUUCAAUGUUUCGUUUCACAAACUGAGUAUUGAGUUUGUGCGUCAUGUAUUACAAGAUGAGUUAUGUCUUUCAAAGCAACUAAAAUAAACAUUUCCCAACAUUUUGUGCUUCAUAAAGAUGAAUUUAAGAACAAACCUUUUGUGUAUAUUAAUAAUAUAUUAAUUCACAUCACCGAGAAGCACUUCAUUAUUCCAGCUUCUGCCCUGUAAAAAGCAGCCACUAUGAUCUCAGUGUUUGUAGAGCUAACUUGUCCCUAAUUAUGGGAUGUAUUCAAAAGAAUCCUGGCUGUGUUUCACUUUUAAAUGUACAGCACUUUGGGCUCUUCUAAUUUGUUCUUUGUAAAGAUGUUUGCUGAUGAAAGACAACUCGUCAAACAGUGGUAGUGUGUAAUAAUUAUUUUUUGUUCCCUCACUAGCUUCAGCUUUCUCACUAGCAAGACCCCAAGCUCACACUUACUUACGAUGUAAUUCUUUUUAUAUCUUAAAUUUUCUAAGUCAUGUUAACAAUGCACUGAUGAAAUGAUCUUGCAGAGUAUUGUUGAGUUUAAAAUGAAACGUUCCAGUUGCCUAACUUUGUGCUAUUAUUUCUCUAACACUUUGGAAGUUUGUUUUCAUUAAAAAAAGUAUGUGAAGAUGCAUUUCUACUAUUAUUUCACUCUUUGUAGCWGAUGUAAACAUUUCCAACAAACUGGAAUCAAAAUUGUGCUUUUUUUUCAUCAUGUUUUCAAUUCUUGUUCUCAUUAAGAAGAAAGUGGCAUCAGCUUUAAAUGUCUCACAGGUUUUAAUUUUUUUUUCUGCCUGAUGUGCUCAGUUUGACUUUGUGGUUCAGCACUGCUMUUCUUUUUCUGAUCUUCACUCUAUAAUACUGUAACAUGUCAAAUAAAGCUCAGUUCACCAUCACAG